GACACGAUUGAGCGUUGUUCGCAUGGUGUUCAAGGCGGGCUCCAAGCUCAAGAUCCGUUACUGUACAUUCAUGCGUUGUAGCUGGGCGAGAACUAUUGAUACGGCACAACUUCAUGCUCAAAGCGGACACGACCGACAUGACUGACGUUGAGAAAAACGAAUCACUUCCUUUGCAGUCAGCAGGUCCUGCGCAGCCCGUCUACUCGGGUAAAGAGCAACUGGAGGCUCUGGAGACUUGGGACUCGGACCGUUUGCUGCCGCAGCCGGUUCCCAAAGGUGGCUUUCCACAUUUGGAUGUCACCCGCAUUGUUUGUGUGAUGCUGGUGGCCGUGGAUCACGGCAGUGCCAUGUAUUCAGAAUGGAAUGUCAUUUAUGUCCAGCAGUGGGUUCUGCAAUGGAUUGUGCUGGUCUCUGGCGUGAGCUACUGCCUGUCGAGCAAGACUUUGGCGAGAUAUUGCUGGCGGCUUGGGACGUAUGCGAUCGUCGGUAUCCUUGUCAACUGGACGGCUUUCAUAGCUCUUGGCCUUGACUGGCAACACAACUUCUUCAACGUGAUCUUCCAGAUGUGGUUCGUGAUUGGUCUCAUGCUCUUCUGCUUCCUGCUGGCCCCCUUGAAGUACUGGUUGGCAGAGGAUGCGAAGAGCGUACAGGAGCAGCCGGCUUUGCCCCAGGUGCCGCCGGCUGAGGAGGGCAUCAUGAACACUGUGUUGAUGCUCCUCAUGGUGCUCUUGGCAAUUGGCAUUUUGUGCAACACCUUCUUGCCGAUACUAGUUGGCCCUAUCCUGGCACCACUGCUGCUAUCCCUGAGCCAGAAGCUGGGCGGUUCCGACAGCGUGUGGGCCCUGCCCGGUUCUUUGGACGAGUCGCAGGUAUUUGUGGCACACCUUUGCAGCUAUGCCUUCCUCACGCUGUCGAACCUUUUUCUGCUGAGGGCCUUCCGCAGUAUGCACAUCAAGCCCAGCAUCAUUCCGUGGGUCAUGCUUCUGAACUGUUUGGUGAACCGGACUAUGAUAUACCGAGGCCCUGAGGAAAGGCCUUUUCACCUGCUGGACAUCAUGAUUUUAGGUAUGGUGACGCAGAGCUAUGGGCUCAUGUUCCGCAAGACGGUCGGUGACUACUUCUGCCGCUACUGGUUUGUCGUGCUGAUCGCCUUUGCAAUCAUCUACCCGCCCUACGUCCACCGGCGCCUAGAUAUGCACCCGACGCACGACCGAGAACUGAGAUGCGUCGUGGAGAGCAUGGAGGCCAUUUGCCUACUGGCUUGGCUCAGCGCCAGUGACCGCUUCUUCUCUCGGGAGAUCUUUACUGUGGACCGCCUGGGCUUCAUGAAUGACUGGGCGCUGCUGGUGUUUUUGGUGCACAAGGCCAUGCACCUGAUCUUCGGCCUGCCCUGGUCAUGGCUGGUGCUAUUCGCUUUGAUUCCUGUUUGCCAUGUCUUCCGGCGCCGGGAGACUGCGAGUUAGGUACCUGGGCUCCCACUGACGGACGCUGGUUUUAAUUUCAGGGUCGGCUUCCCCGGCCAAAGGAGCCGUGCUUGCCACGAAGUUUGUUGGCCUACGCAAGGCA